AUGUCUGGGUCCAGGAGCUCUUCCCGCAACGUUAACAUUGAUUCCAACUGGAGCAAAAGGGAGAACAAGCUGUUCGAGGAGGCCCUAGCCUGCUAUGGCGAGGGCACACCUGACCGCUGGCACAAGGUGGCCCGUGCCAUCGGUGGCAUCAAGACAGCCGAUGAAGUUCGCCGCCAUUAUGAGAUCCUUAAUGACGAUGUCAUGCUCAUUGAAUCCGGCAGAGUUCCAUUCCCCAACUACAACACACAGGGAGCUUGGAACUCAGGAGUGAAGGAUGUGAAGAACCACCAGACAGGAACUACUGCUACAUGA